AUCCAUUGGGAGAGAGAGUGAUAUAUAGAAGCUGACUUCCACUCUACUUUUUUAAUGAGUUGAACUACACAGAGGCAAAAUGGCAUCGGUACGUCGUCAGGUGGGGCUCACUGUACUGGUAAUCACUGUCCUGUUUGGGUUGUCAUCAACGCAUUCCAUUGGCGAUGAAUCAGACGGUGGCUAUAGAACUCCACUAUUAACAGAGGCACCGUGUACCAGUGGGCCUCUAGGCAUGGAGAGCGGUGCUAUCCCGGAUAGUAGUCUCACAGCUUCGUCAACUUACAGCUCAUCCUACCCUCCAAGUAGAGCUCGGCUUAACGUUGGUAAUGAUGGGUGGGUGCCACGCCCCCAUGAAGGCCAGUGGUUUCAGGUGGACAUCGGUGAUUACACGGCCGUGACCGGUCUGAUCAUGCAGGGACACACCGGGGGCAGGCACUACGUGUCGACCUUCACCGUGCAGUACAGCAACACAGGCGAGUCGGACGACUGGUUGGGCUUAACUGACCCGGAAGGGGAAAUUAUACAGUUGAAUGGAAAUACUGGGAAUGGACAACAGGUGACCGUCACCUUUCCCGUGGUGCUCAUGACCAGAUAUCUUCGCAUUUUACCCACUGCCUGGAGCACGACGACAUACCGACUGAAGUUCGAAAUUCUGGGUUGCCGAGACAGCGUAGUCCGGCUGGUGGACGGUGACGACGCCCUCAGCGGCCGAGUGGAGAUCUACCAUCACGACGCCUGGGGCGCCAUCUGCGACCAGGGCUGGGACUUCAAGGAGGCCGCCAUCGUUUGCCGCCAGUUGGGUUUCCUUGAGGCGGUGGAGGCCAAGACCGGCUCGGUCUUCGGGGAGAGCGAACUGCCGAUCGUCAUGAACCGAGUCUCGUGUAAGGGGACCGAGAGGAAGCUGGCCGACUGCCCGUUCGUCUGCACCAGCCCCCACCACUGUAAUAACUCUCAAGAAGCCGGAGUCAUUUGCAAACCAAAUACCGUCCGGUUGGUCGGCGGUCCGAAUCGCACCAGCGGCCGCGUCGAGAUCCACCGGGACGGCAGCUGGGGCACGAUCUGCGACAACGACUGGGACGUGACCGACGCCCGGGUCAUCUGUCGCCAGUUGGGCUUCGCCGACGCCGAGGAGGCCAAGUCUGCCGCUCACUUCGGUCAGGGCCAGGGCCCCGUCCUCAUGGACGGGCUGGCCUGUGACGGGUCGGAGAGAGAGAUCGCCGACUGCCCGUCGUUCUGCUGGGAGAGGACUCAGUGCAACCACACGCAAGAUGCCGGGGUGAUCUGUCACGAGGGCACUCUAUCGCCCUCAAGCGACAAAGACCAUUUCAACGCCCAGUAAAGAUACAUCGGAAAGAAGCAAACGAGUUAGCAAGGGGCGAAAUGAGCCCCUAAUGCUGAACUAUAUUGAUUUAAUUCUUACCAUGUUUCAAUUAUAGCUCCAACUUUUAAAACAUCCUGUUAAACAUUGGAAAUUUGAAAAUGAUACACCGUGCUCUUCAAAAAAUCAUUGUUCUCCGAACGCACUUUUUAUCUGUAUGUUUUGUUUAACGAAAAAAUACUUUAUUUUGGGUUUCUGCGACUCUCUGAAAAGGGGUUUUCAUUUUGCGCCCAUAUCAACCCGCCCCACGAGAACCGAAUUAAUUGUCUGGUAGCUAGCAAUUUGAAUUUUGUGAAGAAAUCAUUUAAUUAUUAAACAUCGGUGGAUUUUUUUUUCCGUUCGAUGUCUCGUUCAAAACUGAAGAACUUUUAUAUUUCUAUAGGAAAAUAGUAAUUGAAAGAAACAAAUCCGUUUUUCGAGUUGAAACUAAAAAAAAGCACGGAAACACAUCUUUAAAUGAAAAUAAUAUGGACUUUCGUCAACAUAUGUAGCAAGGCAUGUGACAGAGGAACCCCCCCCCUUGUGUUCGUCAUUGUGUUACCAGAAUCUCAGGAAUUCCUUUGAGAUAUCGGGGGGGGUGGCUAUAGCAAUAGUCUAUAGGGGUAUAUGGGUUAUAGGAAGUUAGGGUACUCCUCUGUCACAUAUCGUGCUGGGCAAGGGCGAAUCCAUAGGGGGGCAACGGGGGCCAUGCCCCCCCCCCCCCCAAAUUGGCUGAGAUUGCACCACAGGGCAUCUAGAAUCCAAUUCGGGGCCCUUCAGCGGGCCCCGAACCCCACGCCGUGAUUUCUGGACCUUUUUGGGGUACCGAAAUUCUGUGUUUUACCGAAAAAAGUGUUCUGCAUUCGUCCUUGGUGCUGGGUAUAUUCGUCAAUAUGUGAAUUAUGAACAGUUGAAAUAACCCUUUGAAAGGCAACCUUGUAUACCUUUAAAUGGAAACGAAAAGUAAACAAGAAUUGAGAGCAAGCAUCUGUUAUCGUUUCUUAAUAUUGUUUUCUUUAUUGUUAUAAUUACAUGUUUGUUACCAUUUUACAAUAAGAUAUGUAACAAGUCGUGUAUGUACAUUAAAGACAAUAAAACAAGUUUCAAAGUUUUAACAUUA